AUGACAUUCCAUUUUUUUGAACCUUUGAUAGCAAAUGCAUCAGAAAAUAAUAGUAAUCCUAAAAAGAGGGAACCAAAUAUGUUCAUUACAUAUCGUAAUGAAAGGAUGAAGGAUAGGCCACCCAAUAUAACGAUGACCGAAUUCAGCAAAAUAGUAUCAGAAGAUUGGAAAAAACUGUCAGAGGAAGGAAAAGUUAAAUUACAAAGAAAAUAUCAAAUUAUUAGAGACCAAAAGAUGCAAAGCAUUGUAAGCGAUUGCGUAGUCAUUUCCGAUCAAAUAGGGAAACCUCAGACUGUAACCGAUAAUGAAAAUCCAAAAGAUAAAAAAACUAAAUUACAAAUUAAUCGAUUACAAAACUUAAUUAACGAAGACAAACCCGAAGUUGAAUGUUUGAACUUUAACAUUUCGAAAGAGUAG